AUGAGUUAAACAUUAUAGAUUAAACCAAAAUUUUAUGCUGAUUAUAAUAAAAAUCAGCCAAAAGAAUAUUGGGAUUAUGAUAAUUUUGAAAAUGAGUGGAAUGUAAAAUUGCAUAGAUUGUUAGGAUAGUGAUUAAUAUGAAAUUGUAAGGAAAAUUGGAAGAGGCAAAUAUUCUGAUGUAUUUGAAGGUGUUAGAUAUCCAUAACAUUAAAGAGUUGUUAUAAAAGUACUUAAACCAGUCAAAAAAAGAAAAAUAAAAAGAGAAACAAAAAUUCUUUUAUCAUUAAAAGGACAUCCGAAUAUUAUUGAAUUAAGUGAUAUGGUACGUGAUCCAGCAUCAAAAACUCCAUGCUUAGUAUUUGAUUAUAUCGAGCAUGUUGAUUUCAGGAGCAUAUUUCCAAAAUUAACAGAUUAUGAAAUAAGAUUUUAUCUAUAAGAAUUGAUGAAAGCUUUAGAUUUUUGCCAUUCAAGAGGUAUAAUGCAUAGAGAUGUUAAACCUUAAAAUAUAAUUGUAAAUCCAUAAAAGAAAUUAUUAAAAUUACUCGAUUUUGGAUUGGCUGAAUUUUAUCAUAUAGGAUAAGAUUAUAACGUUAGAGUUGCCUCUAGAUAUUUCAAAGGACCAGAAUUAUUAGUAGAUAAUCUGUAUUAUGAUUAUUCUUUAGAUAUAUGGAGUAGUGGAGCUAUGUUUGCAAGCAUGGUAAAUUAUUAUUUAUACUUUUAAGAUAUUUAAAAAAGAACCAUUUUUUUAAGGAAAUGAUAAUUAUGAUCAAUUAGUAGUUAUAGCUAAAGUUUUAGGAACUGAAGAUUUAUUAGCAUAUCUAAAAAAAUAUAGACUUAAAUUAGAUCCAGCUUUUGAUCAUAAAUUAGGAAAGUAAAUUUAAUAAAAUAUUUAUCAAAGUUAUCCAAAAAGAGAUUGGUAAAAAUUUAUUAAUACAGAAAAUAAACAUUUAUGUUCAGAAGAUGCUAUAGAUUUGUUAUCUAAAAUGCUUAUCUAUGAUCACGUAAUAAUAAUUUAUAGCUCUAAUUAUUAGGCUUUAAGAAUUACACCAAAAGAAGCUUUAGAUCAUCCUUAUUUUAUACCAAUUAAAGAUUAAAAAAAAUGAAUGUGGU